AUGUCGAAGAAGAAGAGCGAGGAGUACCUCAAGCAGCGCGAGAGCGGCUUCAACCUGUCGGGCGUGCACCAGGAGCGUCUGCCGCAGUACAACGCGCUGCUGGACCGGAACCUGCGCCACCACUUCGAGAGCCGACCGCUGCAAAGCCACCUGAACGAGCUCGGGCUGAUCGACCAGCGCGGCCGCAUCGUGGACCUGGACAAGCAGAAGUCCAAGCUCUUCAUCAUCGACCAGGAGUUCAAGCUGGCCGAGGAGGCCGAGAGGAAGAAGCAGCGCGAGGAGGAGGAGCUGCGCCGCCGCGUGCAGCUGAAGCGGCACGACGCGCUCAACAACGCGCGUCAGAAGGAGAAGCUGCUGCAGCUCAAGGAAGAGAAGAAGAUCGCGCGCGAGAUCGUGCAGGCCGCCAAGGGCUACAGCUCCGUCAGCAAACCACCAGGAAGCAGAUAA